CUUGUACAUUGCGUCAGAUGUUUCUGGAAUCGCCAAGGCUCCAUCAUCUUCACCCUUCGCCGCUCACGAAUUCGACAACUCGAGUGCGAUUGUGUGGUACCUCUUUGCCCGUUGACUUUUUGAAAUUCCAUUUCAGCUUGGUCAAUACAUUGGUCAAUUCAUUCGAUUCCGUUGAUGUGAAAUACCCUUCACAGCCUUUUGACACGAGCAGGUGAGCGAGCACAAGGUGUCAUCCCGUCCGGUCGAGAUGGCGCAAAAGUGUGUGCACAAAGGAUGCGGCAAGGUCUUUACGGAUCCAGAUGAAGAAUGCGUCUACCAUCCCGGACCUCCUGAGUUUCACGAAGGACAAAAAGGCUGGAAAUGCUGCAAACCCCGAGUCUUGACGUUUGACGAAUUCCUGGCCAUUCCGCCGUGCACGAAGGGCAAGCACUCGACCGUCGAUGACACGCCCGUGGCCCCUGCGAAACCUGAAGCGGUCGAUGCGUCGAACAUUGUCGCCGCGGCACCUAUCCCGGUCCCGGUGACGAGACCUAUCGCGACCAGCCUCGCCGCCGCCCAGCAGCCCACCCCGUCCACGACGCCCAAGCCCGAGCCUCCCGAAGACGAAUCGGACGAUCCGGACGCCCAGAUCCCUCCGAACGCAACGUGCAAGAGACGAGGCUGCGGGAGGUCUCGAGAUGACAAAGUGCCGCGCCACGAGGAGGAGUGCACGUACCAUCCUGGCGUCCCCAUCUUCCACGAAGGCAGCAAGGGGUGGACCUGUUGUAAACGGCGGGUCCUCGAGUUUGACGAGUUCAUGAAGAUCGAGGGCUGCAAGACAAAGAAGCGACAUUGCUACGUGGGCAAGCCGAAGCCGAAGAAGGAGACUGCCGAUGGCGGCGGCGACGGCGUGACUGGCGACGGGGAGGAGUUGCUGCCCACGGUGCGCAACGACUUCUACCAGACCGUGGGUAGUGUAAUUGUGAGCUUCUACCUGAAGAAGAUCGACAAGGAGAGGGCAAAGGUCGAGUUCAAGGAGAACGGGACGGAGGUCGAUCUCGACUUGCCGACGAGUGACGGGAAACGGUACAAGAGCGUCGUGCCGCUGUUUGCGGAGAUCGUUCCCGACAAGAGCGCGUUCAAGAUCAUGGGCACAAAGUUGGAACUGGAACUUUGUAAGAAGGACGGCACGAGUUGGUCGACGUUGCGGAGUGAUGAACAAGCAUCAGGGACCAGAAUUCAGAUCGGAAGGGCUGGGAGAGUGUAGAUGAGGGUUAUCAGAGUGUCAAGAAAUUACGAUGCCUAUGGAUGUUCAAAAACAAAACGUGAUGUCGUGGGAGGAGAACCUGGUUACGAUGUGAUGAUAGCGAGGAUGAAAAUGAGGCCCGACGGGUUGAACAGAACAGAGUAACAAUUUUCUUUUUGAUAUAGAGCAUAGCGAGGCGUACAUAUUCGAGAGAAGGAGAGAGAGAGAGAAACUCAAAGGACUCUCAGUCUUAAAGAUGAAGUAUAACAAGGUGAUACUAUGGAAAAUAACGUGUGGUGCGUUCUGCGUACUGGGUA